GUAUUUUGUCCCAAGCAGGCGGUGGUAGUUGACACCUGGAACAUAAGGAGUAAUGUGAGAAACGGCGAUGUUGUUUUGGGAAUAACCGAGAACACCGUCACCAACCGUAGAGCGGAGAAACCAUCAAAGUUUCUGCGUCAUCAUGGACCCGACUUGCUGCGACUCCGUGGCUCCGCCCUCUCUGACCGUCCAGGUGUGUUUUCCCGGCGUCCGUGCUGCCGUUCUGGACAACCUGAACCGGCAGCGUGAGGAAGGCCGACUGUGCGACCUUUCCAUCCAGGUUCAAGGUCAGGUGUUCAGGGCCCAUCGCUGUGUCCUCGCUGCAUCCUCGCCUUACUUCCACGACCAGGUGUUACUGAAGAACGUAACGACCGUGUCGCUUCCCUCCGUCUUGGACCCGGUCGCCUUCCAGAGUGUCCUGAGUUCUGCCUACACCGGCCAGCUGAGCAUCAUCCACGACGACAUCGUCAACUACGUCACCGUGGCCAGCUUCCUCCAGAUGUGGCACAUCGUCGACAAAUGCACCGAGAUCCUGAAGCGACCGCGUCCGUCGGCGGAGCCCUGCGCCGCGGCCGGGUCGGCGGCCGGGUCGGCGUCCCGCCAGCAGUCGCCCAGCAGCACCGAGUGCCUGUACGCCGAGCGAGAAGGCCGCCGCAGGGACAGGAAGCCGGAUGCGCUGCCGCCGCUGGCGACAUGGCGGCGGCCGCAGCAGGAGGCGAGGUGGAACCGGCCGCGGCCGUCCUCCGAGCAGAACCCGGCCGACUCCCAGCUGGAUGGACUCCCAAGUUACCCGCAGAGAGAGCCGUCCGGCUGCCAGGAGGAAUGGAUCACGAGCCCGGCCAAACCGGGCCCGUCGGGCCACGACGGACCGGGCCAGAGCGGCCGGUACCUGGGCGUGGUUCCGGCCGCCGAGGCGCCAAAGCACAAGGUCCGGUUCCAGCAGCGCGGGGAGGAGACCCAGGAGAGGAGGAGGAACGCCACGAGAGGAACGGAGGCUGAUGAAGGAGUCGGGGAGGAAGAGGAGGAGACGAAGGGCGGCUUCACACAGAUCGAUCUUCGGGUUCCAGGCGACGCUGAGGAUGGCGGGCGUUCUGCUGGGAGGCAGACUCUGGAUCUGAUGAAGGACAGACUCCAGAGAGAUGACCCGUCCUCUCAGGUCCCCGACGUCCCCGCCGGUGGACCGGGCGCUCCGGGUCCGCCGUGUGGCUCCUGGCCCGACAAAGAGGAGGAAGAUGAUGGAGACGUAGACUUGGAGUGCUUCGGCUCGUUCGACGAGAUCGAGGACGGGACGGGACACGUCUCCCAGCGUCCUCUGCUGUCCCCAGACUUCAACAUGGCGGAUGGGAACUGGCCGUCGUCCUCCGCCGCGUUUCCUCCCCAGCCUCCCUCCCCGCCGACGCCGUCCUCCUCGUCCUCGGCGUCCGGCGCCGGCGGCUACGCGGGGAAGGUCCAUCUGUGCCACUGCGGGAAGGCGUACACACUGAAGAGCAUGCGGGACCGCCACGUGAAGAUGCAGCACCUCAACCUGCGGCCGUUCGGCUGCCCCGUCUGCACCAAGUCCUUCAAGAUGAAGCACCACCUGACCAAGCACCUGAAGACCCACGGCGGCCUGCGGCCCUACGAGUGCAGCCUGUGUGGGAAGAAGGUGGUGUGGAGAGACAGCUUCCUGCGCCACCAGGCGCGGUGCCAGAGGCUGGCCUCUGCGGGCUGCGGCGUCGCUACGGCGAUGGCGGUGGAGCUGGAAGACAGAUACGGGUUGGGGUUUGAUGACGGGGAAGUGUUCGUGGCGGCGGGACAGGUGAAGGUGGAGGACGAUGGGAUGGGCGGACUGCUGGGCGACGUUCCCGGGAUCCUGGGAGCGCCGCCUCAGGAUCUGGGCUCUGUUGGUCAUGUCUUCAAGGAGGAAGCAGCCGAGCGAUUCAGCGAGAGCUAAACGUCCUCCAGGCUGCAGGAAUCCUGAGCUCUGCUGCCAAUUUCCUCUUUGGAAAUUAAGUUAAUUUGCUUUUUGCACAUAAGUUAUUAAUUUGAACUGAAAUAAAUUUAUUAAAAUGUUUUUCUGUCA